CAAGCCCACUCAACCCCAAGUACUCACCGUUUUACAGUGGUGUUUUUGUCGCAUCGGCUGCAGCCUCUGCUGGGGCGGAACGCGCGGGGUUUUCGGCGCGAUGCCCUCGGCGAGUACACGCUACGCGUUCGAGCCGGCGCACAGCGGAUAGGUGCGCCGCGCAGGGGGGGUCGGAGGGGUGCGAGAGGGGGCGUGGGUCGGGCGCGCACCGGCUGGCUCCGGGAGCGGCCGUCACGUCGAGGAGUGGGGCUGUCGGCGGCUCGAGCGCCGAGGCGAGCCGCUCUGCUGCGCCGCCGACAGCCCCUCUUCCGAGCCGGCGCGUGGAAGCGAGCCGCGGCCGGUGUCGCUGGUGUCGCUGGUGCGGUGGCGGCGAGGGUUCAUCGGCCGGCAGCGAGAGCGACCGUCAUGAAAGGAGGGGGGGGGGCUGUCGGCGGCCCGUGUGGCUCACUGCCGAUCCGGCGCCUGGCGGCGGGGGCGAGCCGCGAACAAUCGUCGCUGGUGGUGGUGGUGCGGCGGCGGCGGCUCGCCCUUCACUCCAGCCGCGGCUCCGUUCCCGCCGCCGCCCACCGUGCACCUACCACACGCUGCCGAGCAGGCACCCGGCUCAGGGUGGAGUCGGUCGGGCCGUCGGUGCCGGAGCGGCGGCAGUCCAUCGUGUACGUGCACGGCGCCUUUGCGCGCCGCGUUGCGGGGCGAGGCGCGCUUGGCGGAGCGUGUGGUGCGUGGAGAGGCGUGUGUUGUGGGGCUGCCUGUCCUUUGUGCUGGCUGCAGCCACAGCCUGCAGCUUCGGUGUUUGUGUCACUUGGCACUGGUUUCUUCCUGUCUUUCUUGACGUCUAGCGGAACCACCGCCGAGAAGUUCUCCCGCAGGGUUGCUCUAGGUGUGAUGUGGGUCCGGGGUUGUGUUUUUGUGUGAACACAACAUCUCGCGCU